AUGAGAUCUACAGGGAAGUUAUUCCAUGUGGCAGUGCUGGCUCUGGCUGGUCUGACCACCGCCAUCGAGCAAGAGCCUGCACUAGACCCGACCAAAUGCGCGCUCGAACCCUCAGCCAUGGUAUCGGAUGCCUGCGUUUCGUACGGUGAAAUCAACGGAAUCAACGACCUCAUCUUCUCCACAUUGAACUCCAUUACACAAGAAACAGACUUCUUUUCCUACUACCGUCUCAAUCUGUUUAACACGGAAUGUCCCUUUUGGUCCGAUGCCAACAGCAUGUGUGGCAAUAUUGCUUGCUCCGUCAAUACCAUUGAAUCCGAAGACGAUAUUCCGCUCACUUGGCGCGCGGAGGAACUCAGUAAACUCGAAGGUCCGAAGGCAAACCACCCACCUCGCAAGAUCCAAGCCGAGCGUCCCAAAGAACGCCCUCUUCAGGGCGAACUGGGCGAUGACGUUGGAGAGAGUUGUGUGGUUGAAUACGACGACGAAUGCGACGACCGCGACUACUGUGUACCGGAGGACGAGGGUUCUGUCGGCAAGGGAGAUUAUGUGAGCUUGGUAGACAAUCCGGAGCGGUUUACGGGAUACUCUGGAGAAGGCGCACACCAGGUCUGGAACGCCAUUUACAGCGAAAAUUGCUUUAUGAAGCCUAUGGCCGACGAGCUGGAGGACCAGACUGUGAACGUUCCACUGGGUGGUCUCGAGGCGGCGUCCGCUUUCCGGGACGUGCUCCACAAGAAGUUGCAGCGGCCGGAAGGCCUGCCGCUGGACAAUGAGUGCUUGGAGAAGCGUGUAUUCCACCGCCUCAUCAGUGGCAUGCAUGCCUCCAUCUCUACUCACUUGUGCUGGGACUACCUGAACCAAACCACAGGCCAAUGGCACCCCAAUGUGCAAUGUUUCAAGGAUCGACUUCUUGCUCACCCUGAGCGCAUCUCCAACAUGUAUUUCAAUUACGCUCUUGUCUCGCGUGCCGUCGCCAAGCUCCGCAAGCACCUGGACAACUACACCUUCUGCACCAGCGAUCCCGCGCAAGACCGCGAGACCAAGACCCGUGUCAACAAGUUGACCUCGACUCUUAGCGGGCUCCCGCAGAUCUUCGACGAGAAGAUCAUGUUCCAAGACCCUGGCGCUUUGGGCCUGAAGGAGGAUUUCCGCAACCGCUUCCGCAAUGUCAGUCGCCUUAUGGACUGCGUGGGUUGCGACAAGUGCCGACUUUGGGGCAAGCUUCAGGUAAAUGGGUAUGGAACUGCGCUGAAGGUGUUGUUUGACUAUGACGAGACCAAGAACGGCGAGAACCCCCCUCUUCGCCGCACCGAACUAGUCGCUCUCGUCAACACUCUUGGUCGCAUCUCUCACAGUAUUGCGGCCGCCCGCAGUAUGCAACGCGCUCUCCUGACUGGUACCACCCACAUGUUCCCUGUUCACGGUGCAGUGCCCUCUUCGCAUCACGCCAACGCCCUCGCCGGGCAAGGUGGGAAACGUGUCUUCCGGGACGGAAACAAUAACUUCUUUUACGAGGGAGAGAGUGAGGACGAGUAUAUUUAUGGCCGAGAGCACGUUGAACGUUACCCCUGGGAGCGCCGGCCCCUCGGCCCAGACGCUGGUGUCUGGGACGACAUCAAGCAAGAGUGGGAAAUGGUUUGGGGCACUGUCGGAUACAUCUGGCAGGCAUGGAUGGAUAUUCCGCGCACACUACUUCAAAUCGGUGCAUGGGAGUCCCACCGACUGUACAAUUACUGGCUCGGUUUGCCGGUGCCCCCUCGCGCUUGGAAGCUGAAGGCACCGGAGCCGCGUCCACACACUCAGCAGAAAAACCCUCAGCGGGAUGAGCUCUGA